AUGCAGUAUGAGGGUAGUCUACAGACUUACCUGUCGAGGCACGGCUCCUACGGCCCGCGGUGGGCACUUUUGUGUCCCAAGGUUGUGGCGAGACGGACGACGGCUAGGGCCCCGGCGGCCUACUUGGCCGGCGCUCUUUUAACAGCGACAAGUGAUGAUCCAAAUGACUUGGGAGCCUUCCAAAAGCGGUCCAAGUUGCAGAGGACCCCACCAAGCGGCGGCCCCACGGCAACUGGCCAAGACCCGGAGAGAGUCCUGGUUCCCAUCGGUCGGGAGACGAGUUCGUCAACCCCACCCUCAAAGAGAGUAAGGGACUCCCCUAGCCCCCCGGUAGCGGCCCACCCACGCAAGAAGAUCAAGGCGCCAAAGCCACAGAUCAAGGAGAUGGGAUUGAUACUGGACGACUUGUUAGCCAAGGUCAACGAGCAGAAAGUCCGAAGCAUCAACCAGUCGAUGAAGAAUGCCUUUGCGCGUCUUAAGGAACUCCAGGAAGAGCUUUCGCUGCUCGAGGGCAAGGACAGGGCUGAUGCCAUCGCAGUGGCAGACCAAUGGAGCCAGACUGAUUCACCGAUGACUCGGGCGUGGCCCUCUGCGGAGAAAUCAGCGCAGACUUCUCCUAAAAGUCGUCCCCGUCCCGCAAGCCGUAACCCUGGUACGACCCCCGUCGGUCGCGCAAGCACGCGCCCCCACCAAGGGCCCCCCACCCAUAACGCCGGCAGAGCGCAGAAGCGUGUCGACAGCGACUCCAGACUGAAGGCGCAGUCAGCGACCAUGCGCCGAGAGGGCAGUAAGAGGGGCAAAAAUGACGCGAUCAUCAUAACCCCCGCGGCGGAGAUGUCCUACAGCGAGGUCCUGAGCAUGGUCACGCGCACAAAGGACUCCCGAAUGGCAGGAGUUGGGGAUAUGGUAUCCAGAGUCAGGAAAACGGCAAAGGGCGAGCUUUUAAUAGAGCUAAAGAAGUCCUCUGGUCCUUCCCUCAUCGCGCUGAAGGAGCAGAUUGGAGGUGUGCUAGGCGGAGGAGUGCCGAUCCGCACGGUGUCACCCCAGACCACAUUCCUUAUCCGGGACCUGGACGAGCUGGUAACCAGGGAGGAACUUGCGGCAGAGCUCGCCUCACAGGCUAACUGCCCACCUGGUGCCGUCACCAUCAAGAGCAUCCGCUCCCUCGCAAGUGGAGGUCAGGUGGCAAUGUUCUCCGUCCCAGAGACUAUGGCUGGCUCCAUAGAUAGUCUGGGGAGGGUGAAAGUCGGCUGGACGAGAUGCCGAAUUAAGAUGAUAGAAUCUCGCCCCAGAUGCUUCCGCUGUAUGGAGACAGGGCACAUUGCGGCCAGGUGCACCAGCACCUCCGACAGGAGCAGCUCCUGCUUCAGGUGUGGCCAGGAGGGGCAUAAGAUAGCCGCCUGCAAGAACAGUCCGCGCUGCUUUAGCUGCGCCGAGUCGAACCGUAGCGACACGAAUCACCAGGCGGCACACGAUUUGCUGUCGCAAUCGAUCCGAGAACGCGGUGUCGAUGUUGCCGCUAUCAGUGAGCCGUACAGGGUAGGCCCUGGCCCUUACUGGGCGGUGGACAGCUCUGGCAAAGCUGCUCUGUGGUCAUGCGGCAUUACUCCCAAGAGAAUGGCUGACGUCCGCUCGGAGAGAGGCUUCGUGCGUGCCAAGAUGGCAGGCUGGUGGAUGUUCAGUGUCUAUCUGGCGCCGAGCAUGUCAUUCGAGGAUUUUGGUGACGCCGUGGAUCGGCUAGCCGCAGACGCAAGGUGCCACACUCCGUGCCUUAUAGCCGGAGACUUCAACGCCUGGGCGGUGGACUGGGGCAGCUCCCCAACCAAUGCCAGAGGCAGGACCCUCCUCGAGGCGUUCUCCACGCUAGACGUCACACUCCUCAACACCGGUGGUCGACCUCACGUUUCUCGUAGGGGAUACAAGGCCGAUACACUGGACAUCCAAGCCUUCGCAGAGCAUUUGCAGAGGUUGGAAGUAAAUGGCUCUGCAGAGCAGAUGGCGGAGUCUGCCAUGAUCCAACUGCAGACCGCAUGCGACGACUGCAUGUCUGCCAAGCGCGCCCACACUCGCCACAGGGACUCUGUGUACUGGUGGAACGAGACGAUCGCCGCGGCCAGAUCGGAAUGCAUCAAGGCAAGGCGUCGGUAUCAGCGCUCCUACCGCUCGAGCUCCCACCUGAAGAGGCGGUCAGAGUUCCGUAGAUGCCGCAAGGCUCUCAAGGCGGCAAUCCGGGCUAGCAAAACCCAAUGCUUCCUUGACCUUUGCGACACAGCGGACCACGAUCCCUGGGGAAACGCCUACAGGAUCAUCGUUAAGAAGAUCCAUGGGGCAAAACAGGGCGCCCCGCAUGACGCGGAGAGCAUCGACAGGAUAGUCGAACACCUGUUCCCGAGGACGGAUAACCCUAGAGACACGCUGGAGAUAGCGACGCACUCGCUGGAAGGGUUCGAGCCAGUAACGGACACGGAAAUCCUGGCGGUGGCGAUGAGAAUCAGGGAGGCGAAAGCCCCGGGCCCUGACCUGGUUCCCAACAGAGCCCUGAGACUUGCUCUCUCGCUCCGCCCGGACUUAUUCGCGGAGCUCUAUGGAAGAUGCCUCAGAGAAGGUAAAUUCCCUGGGAGAUGGAAGGUCCAGAGGCUGGUCCUGCUCCCGAAACCGGGAAAGCCACCAGAGGACCCAUCCGCCUACAAACCAAUCUGCCUGAUUGAUGGGGCGGGCAAGGUUCUGGAGCAAUUGAUCCGGACGAGGCUCGAGAAGGCCAUUGCCACAGCCGGCUACCUGUCCGACUCCCAGUUCGGUUUCAGGAAGGCUAAGUCGACAGUAGAUGCCAUCUCCAAAGUGGUGGGCAUCGCGAAAGCCGCCACCAUUGCGGGACAACGGUGGAAAGGAGGCGCGAAGGAGUACGCCUGA